AAGAGUGGGGAGGUACAGAGAGAGGAGCUUGAGGCUGAGCUCUGAUGGCGGGGAAGCCCCAGCCGGUUCGCGUGCUGUACUGUGCGGUGUGCAGUUUGCCUGCUGAGUAUUGUGAAUUCGGACCCGAUUUCGAGAAAUGCAAGCCAUGGUUGAUCCAAAACGCCCCGGACCUUUACCCGGAUCUCGUUAAAGAGGCUAAUGCUAAGGAAACUGAUAAAGUAGCCAACCAGUUGCAGUCCACUGGUAUUUCUUCUGGAGGUGGUGAUGGAGCUGCUUCUUCAGCACCUAAAGAAGAAGUCAAGCGUCUCCCAGGUGGGAAGAUUAAGAAAAAGGAGAAGCAAGAAGUUACAAUUGAAAAAGUCACGCGUAAUAAGCGAAAAUCUAUCACCACUGUGAAAGGGCUGGAGCUUUUUGGUGUCAAACUUAGUGAUGCUUCAAAGAAAUUGGGGAAAAAGUUUGCUACCGGAGCCUCUGUUGUUAAGGGGCCAACUGAGAAGGACCAAAUUGAUGUUCAAGGAGAUAUCGCUUAUGACAUUGUGGAGUUCAUUACAGAUACUUGGCCUGACGUCCCAGAAGCUGCAAUUUUCUUUAUUGAAGAUGGCAGAAAGGUCCCAGCUGCUUAAACAGUAUCCUUGGCACACAAAUAAGAUGGAGCAUUGUACUGUUCUCCUGUAGGUGCGAGCUUUAACUCGAUUCAGUGUGCUAUCAAAUUAAAGGAACAGCGAUCAUACUCCUUAAAGUUCCAAGAGUACGACGGCCUAUGAGACGUUUGGCCUUCCCUAGAGUCUCUUGUUCUCUUGGUUGCAAGAAUGGUACACAUUUUGCAGUUAAAUUGUAUUUCAAGGUCUAUGUUUUGCUCGGUUCUUGUGUGUUACAUAUUACCUAUAGUUAAAUCCUCAUGUUGCAGACCUAGCUGCUGCAUCCUGUAUUCUUUUACUUCCGUGAGUUAACAAUUCAGAAACAUCUUCAAAUUUUACCAAAUGAAUUAUAUCUUUUACAUUUCA